AUGGGUUCGAACAAGCCGCGUGGACUUCAGGCCGCCCGUAAGCUCCGCACUACGCGUCGCGAGAACCGCUGGGCGGACAACGACUACAACAAGCGCGCCCUCGGCAAGUUCUACAAGACCUCGCCCACCGGUGGCUCGUCGCACGCCAAGGGCAUCGUCCUCGAGAAGGUCGGUGUUGAGGCCAAGCAGCCCAACUCUGCCAUUCGCAAGUGUGUGCGUGUCCAGCUCAUCAAGAACGGCAAGAAGGUGACUGCCUUCGUCCCCAACGACGGCUGCCUCAACUUCACCGACGAGAACGACGAGGUUCUCAUCUCGGGCUUCGGUCGCCGCGGAAAGGCCAAGGGUGACAUUCCCGGUGUCCGCUUCAAGGUCGUCAAGGUCUCGGGUGUCGGUCUUCUUGCUCUUUGGAAGGAGAAGAAGGAGAAGCCCCGCUCGUAA